AUGCGCUGCGUCUUCUUCAUCUUUCGCUUUUGGAUAUGGGCCUGUGUGGGGCUUAUGUACAUAUACUUGCUCCCACUGCGCUGCGUCCUGCGUCAAGGUCGCAAGUUGAAUGAACAGCGUACAAGCUCUGGUGUGAUCCCAAGCUUGGGACAGCAGUUCGUCUACGAAAUCAUCCAGUUCGCCGUCACGGAUGCGUACACGGAAGAUCCUAACCGCAUAAAGAGGGUUAGGGAGUUUAUCGGCGCUCACGCGCCUGGCCCAAUAUACACGGGUCUACAGCUCGAAGAGCCCACGAACCAGCUUACCGGCUUCGUAGGAUGGCACUCCAAGAAACAGCAUGAAGACUUUGAGGACGCCUCGGUGUACUACGAUCUCGCACCCCUAGUCAUACCAAUCGCAGCCGGCGGCUCGGUGACCGUCCACGCUACGUUCGAACCAGCAGGUGGAGAAGUGGCUGCGUUUAAUGCCCCUAUUACUGAGCUCGUGUGGCUCACGCCCAAGACGGGCGUGUCAUCCGACGACGUCUUGAGUGCGCUCAGAGCCACGGUUGAGGGAAUGAACGAGAGUGCGAAGAGCGAUCCGACGAUGUUCGGAGUUGCUGCAGGGAGGGUGCAAGAGGAGGAGAAGUUCGUAUAUGUCGCUGGGUGGUCAUCCGUCGAGGCUCGCAAGGAGUGGGUACGGAAGAAUGUCGACCCAGCUCAAUCAAGUGCGAGAUGGCUUUCUGUCAAACCAAGGAAGACUCUGCUUGACCUGGCCGAUAUGUCACUUGUUGACCUUCAGUUGUCCGGUGGGCGGUGA